UUCCCUUAGCGGGACUAGCAGAUCAGGUAGCCCAAUAACAUUAGUGGGCCCAUCACCCAAUUGAAAGUAGCCCAUAGUCGCCUGUGUCUCGAAGCGGAAAGUAGCGUUCGUCAUUCUGAAGUCUGAACUUCCCACCCGCUCUCUCCACUCCACUCCACCACAAGCCACCUCUAUGGAAGACCCCCACCGCCACCAGCAUGAAGACCCUCCUAAGUCACCUACGGCAUCUCCACCGUCAUGCACCGCCAGCACUUGCGUCAAAUGUGGGGGCCCGACCACUUUCCCUGCUCCACCACAACCCUCAUGGCCCGAAAUGUCUCCGCCUCCUACUUAUCGUCCUAUCCGUUCUCCGGCCAUCAAUCUUCCUCCCAAUAACUCCCAAGCAAUAAUCCUCGCUCCCGUCCCUCAAUCCCAAAAGGUCCCUACUGUUUCUCCUCCGUAUAACUUCCAAACUCCCUCUAAGAAAAUUCAAUCCCCCGAUGAUAUUCGCCGCUUCCACGAAUCCGAUUCGGGGAAGAACUUCCUCGGCUUCGUUGUUGCUCUUUCGGAAUCCGUCCGCGGUCAUAAAAUAUCUGAUCCUUGCCAUGAAUCACCCACCGUAAAGACGAUCCUAUCGAUUCUUCAAACCCUAACGCAGUGGAUUGAGGAAAUUCCUCCUGUUCAACAAGCGGGUCGCUAUGGUAAUGUCUCGUAUCGAACCUGGCAUAUCCGUUUGGAGGAAAAUAGCGAAUCGUUGAUGCUUCAAUUUUUACCUGACGAUUUAAAAUCAGCAACGAUCGAAAUUGUUCCUUAUCUUACCGAUAGCUUUGGCAAUUCAAGCCGGAUCGACUAUGGUACUGGUCACGAGACUAAUUUCGCAGCGUGGUUAUACUGCCUGGCAAGGAUUGGAGUCAUUAAGGAAGAGGAUUAUCAAGCUGUUGUGGCUCGAGUUUUCGUGAGUUACCUAGAGCUAAUGAGGAAAUUGCAAUUGGUUUACUGUUUGGAGCCUGCGGGUUCACAUGGUGUUUGGGGGCUCGAUGAUUAUCAUUUCUUGCCUUUUAUAUUUGGAUCGUCGCAAUUGAUUGAUCACAAGUAUAUGAAGCCCAAGUCAAUUCACAAUGAAGAUAUUUUGGAAAAUUUUUCGAAAGAGUACAUGUAUCUUUCUUGCAUUGCAUUUAUCAAGAAGGUGAAGAAGGGUUUAUUUGCUGAACAUUCUCCAUUAUUGGACGACAUCAGUGGUGUGCCUAAUUGGAACAAGGUGAAUAGUGGGUUGCUUAAGAUGUAUAAAGCUGAAGUCUUGGAGAAAGUUCCCAUCAUGCAGCACUUUCUGUUUGGGUGGCUCAUUAAAUGGGGGUAAUGUGUAUUGUCAACUCAAUAGGAUCGAUCAAUAGAAAGCAUUUUCCACCUGGUCUCACGCCGCUCAUUGAUGGCGCCAGUUUGAAAUUAUCAUAGAUUUUCUGCCCUGAAUUAAUUUGUUUUCUUGACGAACUUUUUUCUUUUAAAAAAUCUUCUAUUGCCUCUUUUAUUGGCCAUGCAGUUGCAGUAUCAGGUCAGUGCUUUGCGUUUUUGUUUUAACAACUUACAUUUGAUAUUAGUACAAAAAGUAUAAAGUGAAUGGUUGAUGA